UCCACCCAACCCAUAAUCUAAGAAGUGAAUAAUGAGUUUGAGAAGCAUGGUAGUGAUCUUGAUGGUUUCCACCAUACUGAUCCUCAUAUCCACACCCUUUGGGAUUAGUUCUCAAACGGGCGGCGAAAAUUCAUUAUGGAAGCUUCCCCUUCCACAGGCUUAUGGACCCGAAGACAUAGCAUUUGAUCCAAAAUCUGAAGGGCCCUAUACCGGCGUUGUAGAUGGUAGAAUUCUUAAAUAUGUCAAUGGCGCAUUUGUGGAAUUUGCCACCACUUCACCUCUUAGGACAAAAGAAGAAUGUGAGGUAAAAGGUGAUCCAAAGUUUCGAAGCGCGUGUGGAAGGCCCACGGGCCUCAACUUUGACCAACGGACUGGGGAGCUCUAUAUCUGCGACGUUUUCUAUGGGCUUUUAAAGGUCGGCCCAAAUGGUGGGCUGGCCACUCAGAUAGUGGCCGGCGUCAAUGGUCAAAACUUCAGCUUUCUGAACGCGGUGGAGAUAGAGGAGUCAACGGGGAAUUUGUAUUUCAUUGAUUCCGGCGCCAUAUUCCGCACGGUCAACGGGAGUUCGAUGGGUGCUUCACAGCCUCUCAUACCAAUCUUUAAGGGAGAAGGCUACGAAUACUGGAGUAUUCGGAUGAAGACUCUACUAAAGUCUCAGGAUCUGUGGGACUUUGUAGAACUGGGAUACGCAGAUCCCGAUGAGGCGAACAAAUUGCGGGAGAACAAGAAGAAAGAUUCGAAGGCGUUGGCGAUCAUCCAGCAAGCAGUCCACGACAACGUCUUCUCCCGAAUUGCAACGACAACCAACUCAAAGCAAGCAUGGGAAAAUCCAAGGAUUUUGGGGAGUGGAGACACAAGUGGGAGGCUUCUAAAGUACGAGGCGGCGACAGGUGAAGCAACAGUUGUUCUAGAGGGGCUUUCGGGGCCCGGAGGAAUGGCCAUGAGCAGAGACCAAACAUUCCUUGUCAUCUCCGAGUACAUCUCGGGAAAGGUUGUCAAGUAUCACAUCAAAGGUCCAAAGGCGCAUACAACCGAGACAUUACAACUCGAAAACCUCAAAGGAAACCCGGGAAAUGUGAAAAGGGCCAAGCCGGAGGGGUUUUGGAUGGCCAUGAACAUCUUUAAUGAGGAACCAAACCAACCAAGUAUUCCUACCAAAGAGUCCUUUGCGGUGAAGUUUGAUGAGAAGGGAAAGGUUUUGGGUAGAAGGGAAGUUAGCAUUCAUUUGCCUAACUUUUUGAGUGGGUAUUUGGAACAUGGUGGUAGAGCUUAUGCUGGAUCAAAUGCGUCGGACUUUCUUGGUGUGGGUAUGGCAUUUCAAAACUAGCUAGCUCGAGGGUGAUGGAUGAUCUUGUAUAUCACAAAUUGUCGUUAUAUGUACCUCACUUGUGAUCGAUUGAAAAAUCUAAUAAAGUAAUUGUUUUUCAAUCAAUUAAGUACGAGUAAUAAAAUAAAUUGUACCGUUGUGAUAUAAGAUAUUUUCAUUCGAUAGGCUCACUGUUUAAUCACAUGCAUGCAUAAGUUCAAUUUAUAUCGACAUGUACCGAUAGUACCAUUAGACGGUGUUCGGCUUUAUGAAGGCGCUAGUGUCUUUGUGCUAAAAUAAAUAAAUUAUUGUUCCGUGA